AUGAGCAGUCCAAUUAGAUCAUGUUUAUCACCAACUGCUUCUCGUUUAUCACCUUAUCUACCAAAUACAACUGCUAUUAGUCCUCGAUCACGUUCUGCUGGUAGUCAAUUGGAAGACAGUAUUACUUCACUUCAAAAUGAACAAGAACGUAUUCAAAAGAAGACAUUUACAAAUUGGGUUAAUAGUUAUUUAUCAUUACAUGAACCACCAUAUCGUAUCGAGGAUUUAUUCGAGGAUUUUAACGAUGGAACAAAACUUAUUGCUUUAAUCGAAACUCUUUCAGGACAAACAUUACCAGUGGAAAGAGGCAACAAACGAGCUCACUGUCUUAGUAAUGUAGACAAUGCAUUAAAAUAUCUUGAAAGUCGAAAAAUUAAACUAGUCAAUAUACGUCCAAUUGAUGUAGUCGAUGGAAAACCAAUGCAGAUUUUAGGUUUAAUAUGGAUGUUAAUUCUUCAUUAUCAGAUUGAAGAUUCAAAUAUGUUGGAUGAUAAUUCGAAGGAAAAUCGUGGAAAACCAAAAGAACAUCUUCUUGAAUGGGUUCGAAAAAAAACAGGACAAGCUGAUAGUUUAGAUGUACGAGAUUUUACAUCAAGUUGGCGUGAUGGUCUUGCUUUCAAUGCAUUAGUUCAUGGAAUUCGUCCUGAUUUAGUUGAUUUAAAUUAUGUUGAACAACUCGAUGUUCGAGACAGAUUAGAAAAUGCAUUUACUGUUGCUCAAGAACAUCUUGGUGUACCACGUUUAAUGGAUGCUGAAGAUGUGGAUGUAAAUAAACCGGAUGAAAAAUCAAUUAUGACCUAUGUCGGUCAAUUCUCUCGUCGAUUUCCUGAUGUGCCAUUUGGUUCAAUAAAUAAAGAACAUGGUGAACUUCUUCGAUGGUUAGUAGACACUCGACAACGUCUAAUGCUUGUUAUUGAAGCACCCAUCAUCGACAUUCGAGCUGAAUACAAGGAAUAUAUUAAAGAAUUAAAAGAAUUUAUUGAAAAACAAAAGCAAUGGAAAACAUUCGAACGUAAAGAAUCGAAAUCUUCACAUUUUCCCGGUGAAAAAUUACAAGAAUUAGAAGAUUUAUUUAGUGAUAUUACAUUAAGAAUGGAUCGAUGGAGACAUAAAUUAGAUACAAAUCUUCCAGGUGAAUUAAAACAAAUAGCUGAUUGGAUUAAUACAGCUGAAGAAGUUUUAACAAGAGGUAUGAAUUUUGAACCAUUACAAUUAUCAGCAGAAGAAAAUAUUCAACGUUUUAAUCAACUGAAUCAAGAAUAUACUGCAAUUUUUAAUGAGAAAGAUAAUAUUGUAACAAUGUUUCAACAUGUUAAACGUGACCAAUCAAUUGUCGAUAGAGACAUUGCAUUUGAACAUUUAACAAAUUUAAAUGAACGUCUUAAUACAAUAUUGAAUACUUAUGAAGAAUAUGAAUGUUAUUUAGAUUUUGAAGGCAUUUAUUGGAAAACACAAAUAUUAUUUAGUCAAUUAAAAACUUUUACGACAAAAUUAAAUCAAAAACAAGGAGAUUUAAAUCAAACAGAAAUAUUAUAUAAUGAAUAUAAACAAAAAAUGUAUGAAGAAAAACUUCUUACAAAUAUUGAAAAUCUUUCAAAUGAAUUAACUCGUAAAGCACAAACUUAUAGUCAAUUAAAAAACAAAGAUGAGGAAAAAUCAAAAGAAUAUAAUAAAUAUUGUGAUGAUAUUCGUAAAACAAUUAAAAGUGGUACUAUUGAUCUUAAAUCAAAAGAACAUUUGUUACAAGAAACAAUAAAUAAUUGGAAAAUCUUUCAUAGUUCAUAUGAUUCAUUAGAAAAAUGGUUAAAUGAUGGUGAAGCUAUUCUUGGAGGAACAUCUGAUGAAAAAUUGAAUUAUUUUGCUAAUACUGAACAUUGGUCACAAAUUCAUGAAAAAUUAUAUUUAGCAAUUGAAUAUUUAAUAACAGUAUGUAAUGAUGAAUAUGCUCGAUUUCUACAGAAUAAAUUAUUAUAUAUUAAUCGGCGAUGGAAAGAAGUUACUGAAUCAGUUCAUCAAUUUAAACAUGAUGAAUCUAUAAAGAAGAAACGUGAUGAAUUUUAUGCUGGUCGUGCUAAAUUAUUAGAUACAUUAGAGAAAAUUGAAAGAGAAAUGCAAGAUCAUCUACUAUGUACAGUAAAAGCACUUAAAGCACAAGAAAAUCGUCUUUAUGAUGCGCAAGCUGAAUUAGAUAUGUUUAAUCAAACUGUUCAAGUUCUUUCAAAAUUAAGUCAAACAAUAGCACGUGAAAGUGGAGAAUCAAAUGCUUCAAAUGAAAUGAAUUCACUUUUACAAAUAUGUUUCGAUAAAUUACAACAUGUUAAAGAAUAUUUACCAAAUAUAUUAAAACGAAAUAAAAUUUUACUUGGAUAUUUACAAAAAUUUGAUGAUGGUUUACAAAAAUGUCAACAAUGGUUUAUUGAAUCUAAACAAGUUAUUAGUAAAUAUACAUUACAAGUACCUGUAAAACGUAUUGAAGAUUUUCUUGAACAACAUCGAAAUUUUUUUGCUGAUAUGGAAUAUUAUCAAUCAUUAUUGGAUAGUAAAGCUAAAUUAAUAACAACAAUGAAAAAAUCAACAGAAAAUUCUGUAGCAGUAAAUUUCACACCUAUUGAUGAACAAUAUAGACAAUUAGCUGAUACAUUUGAACAAAUUCGUCAACAAACAUCCUAUUGGGAAAAACAAUUCACUCAACAUUCACAAUUAUGGAAAGAUUUUCAUCAACGUUUAAAACAUCUUGAAGAAUGGAUUGAUCAAGCACAAGAUAUAGUUACAGAAAAACAUGAGGAUUAUACAUAUUUAAUACAAAAACAUAAGAAUUUUUUUCAAACAGUUGAUGAUGAAAUUCUUCAUGGUUUUAUUAAAUCAGGUAGAGAACUAUCACAUAUACGUGAAGAAAAUGAACAAAAAGAAAUACAAUUUUUAAUGGAUACACUUGAAUCAAGAUGGAAUACAAUUGUUUGUCAUGCUCCAAUACGUUUAUUACGUUUACAAUAUGGACGUUUAGAAAGUAUAAUUAUUAAAGAAUUAAAACAAGCUGAAGAUGAACUUAAUGAAGAACUUAAACAAUUAGAAAAACAACUUGAUACAGCUGAAAUUUUACGACGUCAUAAUGAACGUUUUCAAUUAAAUAAUUUUCUACCAACAAUGGAAGGACAUAUUAGAAAUUUACAUGCAUUUGCAAAUGAUAUUCGUUUAAAUGAUAAAAAAACAAGUUCAAAGCAAGAUAUUGAUCAUAUUGAGGAACGUACAACGAAAUUAAAUGAUUAUUGGACACGUAUGCAAGCAAGAAUUGAUAAUGUUAAAAGAAAAAUUCAAACAAUACCGAAACAACGACAAGAAUUUGAAGAAAAAUUUCAACUAGUUGAAACAUGGAUAGAUGGUAUUGAACGAUUAAUGAAUGAUACACAAAAUGUUGAUGCUUCAUUUGAACAAUAUAAAACCAUUGUUAAUAAAUUUAAGACUGCCAUUGAACAUAUUGAUACAGUUUCUCAUGAUGUUAGAGUUUUAUCAUCUCUCAUAAAUGAAUUAAUCGAAGAACAAGCAACCGAUGAUCCAUCUCAUUAUCGUCAACGUUUUAAUACGCUUCAUGCACGUUAUAAACAAAUACUUUCUUCGAUUGAUGAAACAUCACAACGUUGUACUAUAAUUAUACCAGCAAAAUUAAUUCAUGAAAAUAGUCAACAAUUAACGAAUUCAUUAACAACUAUAUCUAAUGCACCAAUAAAUUUUCGUGAUUUACCUGAUGUUCGUACAGCUGUACAAGGUCAAAUAAAAGUUUGUGAAAUUUUAGAAAGUUUUUCACAACAAAUAACUGACCUGAUUACACAAGCAAAUGAAUUAUCAAAACAACCAAUGGCACCUAAAUAUGUUCAACAAGAUGUACAAAAUUUACAAAAAUUGUAUCAUGAAAAAGUUCAAUCAGCACAUGACUUUUUAGAAAAACUUAAACGUAUAUUAGAACUUUGGGAACGUUUCGAUGCAAAUAAACGUCGUUAUCAACAGCAAACUGAACGAUUAAAUGCUGAACUUUCACAAAUAAAUUCAAAUCGAAAUUCUAUUGCAUCAUUUGAACAUGAAAUUGAGAAUUGCAAACGUCUUCAUGCGGCAUAUAUUGAUAUAAAAAAAAUUCUUGAUGAAAAUGCUCAAUAUCUUCAAAUAUUAACAUCAAAUAAUUUAUUACCAUACGAAAAUAUUCAAAAACUUAAAAAUGAAUAUGAUAAUAUGGUUGAAGAAUUAAUUGAAAAAUCUCGAUUAGCUAGUGAAUUAUUACAAGAUUUAAUACAUGAUAAUGAGAAAUGGAUACAUUUUAAUGAUGAAUUAAAACGUUUAGAAAUUUUAUUUAGAGAAAUUGGAUCAAUGUUUGAUGCAAAUAUGUUUGGAGAACGGCCACUAGAAGAAAAACAACAAAUCUUAGAACGUAUACGUGCUGAACUCGGUGAACAUUUACAUUCAUUAUCAGCUUUACAUUCAGAUGGUUUAAAUCUUGAAUCCCUUCAAUUUCGUCCAAAAGAUUUACCACAUGCAUUAAAUCGUCUAGCACAAUUAUGUACAUUAGCUGAUACAACAUCUACAAAAGUCAAUCGAGAAGAAGAACAAUUAGCUGAAUGCCGAACACAUGUUCAAGCAGCACAACGUUAUAUGGAUCAAUUACUACCAUGGAUUGAACAAGCAGAAAAUUAUCUUACAAAACGUCUUGAUCAAAUUGGUGCUUUAAAUUUAGGUGAAGCUAAACAAUUACAUGAUAAACAUAAAGAUUUUCUUGAAGAACGUCGUCGUAUGUUAUCUCUAUAUAAUAAUUUAAUAAAUGAAGAACAUAAUAUGCAUGAUCAAUUUGAAGUAAAAUCUACAAUAAAAUCUUUAUCAACACGUUGGAAUGAAAUAAUUCGAAGAUCUGAUGAAUUAACUCCAAAAUAUGAUAAACAAUAUUCUUCAUGGUUAUUAUUUGAAUCCGAAUUAAACUCAUUUCGUGAUCAAAUUCUAUUAGAACUUGAACAACGUGUUAAUAAAAUUAAUUCAACUGAUAUUAAUAAAUUAUUUGAUGUUAAUAAUUUACUUAAUGAACUUCGAGCAUUAGAUGAAAAUAUUCAUAAUCAUACAUCAAAUUAUAAUCGAUUUCAUAAACAAUUAAAUGAAUUAAGACAAUAUAGUUCAGUAGAAGGUCAACGAAUUCUUCAUGAAGAACAAAUGUCAAUUGAAACUCGUUGGCAUGAAAUUAAUCGAUUAACAACUGAUAAAUUACGUGAAUGUGAACGUUUAUAUGAAUCACGUAAAUCUUUUCUUAAUCGUUUUGAAAUAUUCGAACGUAGUAUUCAUGAUAUUGCUGAACAAAUUGAAAAUAAUGCCCAGAUUCAAACAUCAACAUGGAGCCAAACAUUUCAACGAUUACAACAAUUAGAAAAACAAUUUCAAAAAAUUCAACCAAUAGUUUCUGGAAUAGAAGAAGAAUUAAUUGAAUUUGAACAUUCUGGUGUUUCAAAAAUUGAUUUACAACCUAUGAAAAAUACAUUUGAAACUUAUCGACAACGAUUAAAUAAUUACGAAACUAUUUUACAAAAACGUCUUGGAUUAUUAAAACAUUAUGAUGAUCAUACAAAAUAUUCAUCAGAUAUUCGUCUAAAAUUACAACAAAUUAAUGAUGAACUUCAACAAAAUCAACAUAUGAAAAUAGAUGAUAUUGAUUUAAUAAAAUCUCAACUUGAACAUUUUGUUGAUGAUUUACAUACUGUACAAUCUGAUAGUACUAUACUUGAUCAUUUAAUGGAAGAAAGUAAUACAACAAUAAUUGAUUCAGCAUCAAAUAGACAUAUUUAUUUUGCUAUUGAAUGUCGAACAAUACAAAAUCUUGUUGAUACAAUUGAUAAUAAACUUGCUCAACGUCGUAUUCAAGCUCAAGAACUGGAUCGAUUACUAGAAGAUUUUACUCAAACUCAUGAUAAUUUACUUGAUCGUAUAAAUGCUAUUAAUAAUAAUUUUCGUUCAGCUAAUUUGGCUGGCUAUUCUAUACGUGAUAUUGAAGAUUUAAUGGUUGUUAUUAAGACUCUCAAUCGAGAGGUUCAAGGUGAAGAUGCACAUUUCCAUGCAUUACGUAAUAAAUAUAAAACUCUAUCAUCAGAUUUUACUGUCCAUGAACGACAACAAUCAGAAACAGUUUUAAAUAAAAUUGAAGUUGAAUUAGAACAAUUACAACAACAAAUAGAAAAACGUCAAGAACAUUUAACAACAUUAAUUCAUCAAUGUCAAGAAUUAGAUCAGAUAACUGAACGUUUUAUUACUUGGUAUGAUGAUAAACAACGUUUGAUAUCUUCAGAUCUAACAAUUCCAUUGAAAACAAAUGAAAUCGAACGAGUACAAAAGAAAUAUAGUGAUACAUUAGUUGAAAUAAAACAACAACGAGCUUCUCUUGAUCGUAUUAUUAGUUUAAAUGAAGAAAUAAAACAAGGUUAUUAUUAUGAAGAUCAACAUGACUAUAAUUAUCAUACAGAUGAUUUACUUCGUAAAUUAACUCAUUUGGAAGAAAUAUAUAAUGAACAUUAUCAACAAUUACAAAAUGCAAAUGAAGAACGACGAGAUUAUGAUCGUAUUACAAAUAAACUUAAUGAAUGGAUUAAAAGUACAGAACAACAAGUUAAAGAUCCAUUUACAAAUGAUCUUCAACAAUCAGUUAAUAUUCUUAAAGAUAAAUCGAAAACUAUACAAUCUUUAUUACAAUUAACCAGAGAUCGUCGACAUGAAUUUGAAGAUUUAGCACGUUCUCAUACAAUUGUUGCAGUAACAUUGAACGAUACCGAUCGAAUAACAUUCGAUGAAAAAUAUACAAUACUUAAGGAUAAAUAUAAUCGUUUAUUAGAUAAUUUAACUCAACGUGUUUCUUUACUUGAUGAAGCAAGUCAUGAAAGAAAUGAAUUUGAUCAACAAAAUGAACAUGUUCAAGAACUUUAUCAACAAUUACAAAAUGAAUUUAAUAAAUAUAAAAAUCAAUCACCAAAUGAUAGUAAUUAUCCAUCGAAUGAUCGACGUUUAGAACAAUUUAAACAAUUAUUAAAACAUUUUGAUGAAACAAAUAAUAAUUUAAAAGAAUUAAUACGUUUACAACGUUUAUUAAUUAGUAAAGGACAUCGUAUUGAAGUUCGUUCUGGAAAUGAAUUAAAUAGCAAUUUAAAAAAUUUGGACGAACAAAUUCAUAAUGAAAUCGAACGAAUUGAAAGAAUUAUUCAAACAGAAAAUGAUUUUCAUCAUUUAGAAAAUGAAAUUGAUGCAAAUUUACAAGUAUCAACUGAACAAUUAAAAUCAUCUCAAUAUCAUCAAGAUAAAGGAAAUACUUAUCAGACAAUUAUCGAUCAUUUACAACAAUCUGAACAAGAUUUAAAUAAAUUAAUUCAUAUUGGUGAUCGACUUGUUAAUGAUAUUUCAUCUACACAAUAUGAACAAAUGAAACGUACGAUUGAACGUCGUCAAGAACAUCUGAAAUCAUUAUUUAAAACUUGUCAACAAGAACGUGAUGAACAUGAAUAUAUGAUGAAAACACAACAUAAAUUAAAUGAAGAUUUAAUAUCUAUUAUUGAAUGGUUUCGAAGACUUAUUCAUGAUUUAGGUCAACCUUUAGAACUUAAUUUAUCAUUAACACAUGUUAAUGAACAUCAAGAAUCAAUUAAUCAACUGUCGCCUUCAAUUGAUCAACGUUUAGCUCGAAUUGAUCAAUUUCUUCGUGAUGAACCAAAUAUAAUUCAUUCAAAUGAUGGAGAAAUUCGUGAACGAUUAGAUAUAGUUGAUGAACUUAAACAUAAAGUGAAUAAUUAUCUUAAUAAACAACGAAAUACUCUUGAAGAUAUUCAUCAACAUAUGAGUCAAUAUUUUCAAUUAACUAAUGAAGUUAAAACAGUUGUCGCUGAAGCUGAUUAUAAAUUAGCAUCAUUUACUGAUGGUUAUGAUCGUAAUCGUCUUGAUGAAUAUGAACGAGAAUUAAAUAUUCUUGAAGAGAUUUGUUCCGAUCAAAAUUAUCGUUUGGUUGAAGGACAUAAAUUAAUUGAAACAUUUCGAUUACAUUUACGUAGUAAUGCAAAAGAUUUAAGUGAUACUCAACUUAAAAAUUUUCAUCAAAUAAUUGAAGAUCUUGAAUCUCGUAUUCAUCAACGUCGUAAUGAACUCGAUGAAAUUCGUCAAAAAUCUAUUCGAUUUAAUUCAAGUAUUGUUCAUUUACAAUCUGAUACAGAUCGUCUUUUACAAAUGAUUGAAAAAUCACCUGACACUGCCGAAAAUCUUGUAUUAGAAAUGGAUUCAACAUUUUCUGCUUUACAAUAUCUUGGACGUGAUUUAAAGAAAUCGUUAGAUGUAUCAAGUUCAACGGAUAUUGAUCGUGAAUUAAAAGAAUUAGCGAAUGCACUCGAUAUUGUUCGUGAAAAUCUUGAUCGAGGAAAACGUGUUCAAGAAGAAAAUGAAUCACUUCGUGAACGUAUUGAACGAACAUUAAAUAAAUUAAAAACGUUUACAAGUAGAAAACGACAAGAAUUACAUCAAAGUAGUGAUAGUGGAUAUGGAAGUGUUGAUUUAGCAACACGAUCGGUUGAAAUCAAAACUUUUUUGAAAGAUGUUGAUUUAGAAAGUUCAUUAUUAUCUGAAGUUGAUGAUCUUAUUACAGCAUUAUUUGAAAGAAGAUAUGAUCAACAUACGAUUCGUAUAUUAGAAAAAAAACAUGAAGAUGCUUUACAUGAUUUUCAAAGUUUAAAAAAUGAAACAACAAGAACAAUUGAAAAUCUUGAUCAUCAAGUUCAAGAACAAGAAAAAUUACGACAAAAUACUCGAACAAUAUCCGCAGUUCUCCAACGUACAAAAUUACAACUCAUUGAAAUUCAUCCGACAUUAAAUGGUGAAGCUGAUCAAAAACGAAAAAAACUUAAUGAAGAUUUAAUACAUAAUUUUGAUUCAUUUGAACAAUCGGUUAAUGAUUAUAAACAUGCUUUUCGAAAUUUAUCAGAUGAUUUAGAUAAAAUGAUUUCUCGUGUUUAUGAAGAUAUGGAAGAUAUGAAAGUUCGUUUAAAUGAAAAAUUAUCUGAAUUAAAUGAUUUUAAUAUCUUACGAAAUGAUUAUGAAACUUGUAUAGAUAAUAUAUCGAAAAAUAUUCAAAUUGUCGAAACAAAAAUUCGUCAAUCACAUACUCAAGAUUUAACAAUUGAAAUGCAAACUCAUCAUGCAAAAAUUGAUCGAUUACAAACAAUUUCAUCAUCAUUAAUACCACAAUUAACAGAUCCAAAUGAACGUGAACGUGUACGACGUCAUGUUAGUGAAUUAACACGUAGAUGGACUGAACUUGAACAAGAUUUAACAACUAAACAAGAAGAAACGAAUGAAAUGAAUAGUAUUAAUCAACAAUAUAUAGAAAUUAAUUCUACAUGUGAACGUUGGUUAAGACAAACGAAAGAUAUAACACAUGAAUUAGCAAAUGGAAAAAAUGUUGAAAUAUAUAAUCAACUUAUUCCAAAAGCUAAAACAAUAUUAAUGGAUUAUCAAACAAAUUUUGAGCAGUUACAACGAUUAAGAAAUAGACUUAAUCGACUUGCUCAAACUAGUAAAAUAUCAGAAGCAACACAAAAGCUCAAUGAUAUUGAUCGACUUAUAAAAGAUUUAACAGUACAACGUGACAAUCUUGAACAACGUCUUGAUACAAGUCAAAAAGUUCAUUUUCAAUUAAAUGAAUUUAAUAAACAAUAUAUUUUUUAUGAACAAUGGAUUAAUAAUACACAUCGAACAAUUGAAUCACUUUCUGAACCAUCAUUAGCUAUUGAAGAAAAAUUACAACGUUUUCAUGAUGUACAAAUUGAAUUAGAUAAACGAAAACAAAUUCUUAUGAAUCUUACACAUGAGUAUCCACAAAUAACCCAAAUAGUAACAAUAGCAAUACAAAAAUUAAUUGAAACAAUUGAACAAAUGAAAACAAAUGUUAUACGAAAACAAGAAGAAUAUGAACAACAAAAUCGACAACAAAAAGAUUUUCGUGAACGUAUUGAAUCAAUGUUUGAAUGGAUUAAACAAACUCAACGUUAUGAUUCUUUAAGUAAUAAACAAGACUUAGAUAGUCUUCAACGAGAACAAGCACAAUUAAAUGAAAAACAACAACAAAUAAAUGAUAAAUUAAAAGAUACUGAUUUACUUAUACGAAAUAUUAAUAACUCUAAAUUACCAGGCGAAUCUUUACAAAAAUUACGUCAAGAAGCUGAUCAUUUAAGAGAACGUCUUAAUGAAUUAACAAAAGAACUUGAAACAAGAUCUACACUUAUUAAGAAAAAAAUGAGAGAUGUAGAAGAACAUCAACGAAAGCAACGUAUGUAUCAAGAUUCACUAAAUAAACUUUCAUCACUAAUAGAGCAUGAUAUACCACCAUCUGGCAGAUCUGUUGAAGAUGCAUUAACAAAUCUUGAUGAACAAAUGAUUAAAUUUGAAAGUCAAAAUGAAGAACGAGAACGACGUAAACGUCAACAUAAACAAGAAUGGCAAUUAUUUCUAGAUGAAUUAGGUUUAUUAGAAGAUAAAUUAAAUACAUUAAAACAACGAAAAAUUAAUCCACAAGAUUCUAUUGAAGAACAACUUCAUUUUAUACGAAAUCAAAAUCAAGAAUUAGAUCAAUAUCAACAAACAUUAAUAGAUUUAAAAAAACAAGGACAAAAUAUAUGUUUUGAAGAUGGUAAUGCAAUACCAUUACCAUCUGAAAUUCAAAUCAUACAAUCAAUGAUAACUUCAUUAAAACAACAAUUUGAUCAACGUCUUGAAGUUUUAAUAGAUGCCGAACGUUGUCGAGAUGUAUAUCUUAAUGAAUGUAAAUUAUAUGAAGGUGCAUAUAGUUCAACUAUGGAACGUUUAAGUCAUCCAAUAUCAUUAACAUCAACAAGUGAUGAUUAUGCACGCCAAAUAAAAGAACAAAAAUUACAUAGUGAACAAAUGGAUGAAAAACGUCGUCAAUUAAAUCUUCUAUAUGAUAAACUUGAUCGUGAUCUUCGUGCACGUUAUUCAAAACAACAUUAUGAUUUAGAAAAACGUUCAAAUGAUUUACAAGAUAAAAUUCUUCAACAAAAUAUUCAUUCCGAAUAUUUAUUACGUAUAUGGAAAGAAUAUCAAAUAAGAUUAAAUGAUAUAUGUUAUCAAUUAGAUGAUAUUGAAAAACAAUUACCAGUAAAUAAACGUUUAGUUCAAUUUCAACAAAUACAAUCAGCUUUUGUUCUUUAUAAAGAAUUAAAUCAACGUAUUAUAUUACUUGAACCAGAAGUAUUACAUUUAAAUGAUGAAAUACAAGUUCUUUGUGAUGAAUUACAUAUAAUUCCAUUAAAAAAUGAAACAGAAAAUCUUACAGAAAAUUUUAAUCGAAUAGCAAAUGAUAUUCGAGAAAAAUUUCAUAGUCAUAAAGCUGGAACAGUUCUUGCUAAUGAUAUAAAACGUAAUUUAUCUAUUCUUGAAGAUACAUUAGAACAAUGUUCAAAUGAAUCUACAACACAUUAUGAAGGUGAUCUUAGUGAACUUAGAAUUCGAUUAGAACGACUGAUGGAUGUAGAAAAACGUCUUGAUAAUAUUGCUGAUGUUUAUUCGCAAACAUUAUCAUUAGUAAAACGUUUAUCAACAUAUAAUCUUUAUGAUUUACAAGCAACUGAAAGUAAUUUAGAAAGUCUUCAUCAAAAAUGGACAACAAUUAAAACAGAAAUUUUACGACAUGAAAAUAAUCUACAUCAAAAUAUAAUUAAUAGUUUACCAACAAGACAAGCUCGAAAAGAAAUGACUAUAUUUAUUGAUACAAUUAAACGUUUAUUAGAUGAUGAUCAUGGAGCACCAAUUAAUAAUAAAGAAACUCUACAAAAAUUACUUAAACGAUAUCGAGAUAUGCGUGUAGAUGUACUUAAUCAUCAAAGAAUUAUUGAUUAUUUAAAUGAAUCAUUUCAACAAGAAGCUAAUGCUGAUAUAUCGACUGUUGAUUAUAUGGAAAAUAUCAAACAAAUUAAUAUUGAUUGGACUAAAAUAAAAUCAUUAAUUUCUGCUCGAAUUGAUACAUUAGAACAACUCAAUGAUCAGUUUAAUGAUUUUGAUCAUACUGUUCGAACAUUAUCGGAUUGGGUACAAGAACAAACAUCUGAUCUUGAAUUUAUGCGUUCAAGAAAUUUAGAAGCUGGUGUUAAACAUAAUAUUAAAAAAUGCAAUGAAAUGGAAAAUCAAAUAAAUACAAAACAACAAAUUCUUGCAUCAUUAAAAUCUACUAGUGGUAAAAUGAUAUCAUCAUCAUCAACAUUUCGUAUUAUUGAUCAAGAUGGUGCAAUUCAAAAUGUACGAUAUAUGCUUGAUAAUUUAUCACCAUCAAUUGAACAAUUAAAAGUAAAAUCAAAAUCAAUAUUAAAUGAUUGGCAAGAAUAUAAUCGUGUUCUACUUCAAAUGGAAAAAAUUCUUCAUGAAGCUCAAGCUGAAAUUGAUCGAGUUGAAACUAAUGCAAUGAAUGUUGAAAUAUAUGAAAUGAGUACUAGAAAAGCACAAGAACAUUUACAAGCAAUGGAAUCUCGUCGACAUGAUUUUGAUCAAAUAAAAACUCAUGCUCAUCAAUUAUCUGAUCUAUGUGAUAAACAAACAUCUUCAAAUAUAAAUGAUUUAACAAAUCGUAUUCAACAACAAUGGACAAGUGUUAAACAACGUCUUCAAGAUAUAAUAAAACCAUCACGAGAAGUUGUUGAAAACUGGAGACAAUUUAAUAGUUCAUAUCUUCAUUUACUUGAUCGACUUAGUGAACUUGAAGCAAGAGGAUAUACAAUUCAACGAGAAAAAUUUACUUCAGAUAUUGAUUCACUUCUUGAAAAAGCUAAAGAUUUUCAACAACGUCUUCAACAACUUGAUACUGAAGUUAUUAAAUUAUAUGAACGUUCGAAAAAAUUAAACACUCAUUUAUCACCUAUUGCUGCUAAAAAAAUCGAUACACAAUAUUCUGUAAUCAAUAAUCAAUAUAAAGAAUUACAAAAUUUUCAAAUUAAACUUUUAACAGAUUGUAAUGAAUUAAAACAGCGUGAAAAAAUCUAUUUAGAUUAUUUUAAUGAUCUAUCUCAAACAGUUAAUCAAACACAAACAACACUUAAAUCUCAACAAUUAAAUGGUGAAAAUGAUAAUCAAUAUUUAAAACAAUUACAUGAACUUGAUAAUCUUCUUCAAUCAAAACAUCAUCUUACUGAACGUUUAAAUUCCAAUGAAUUCGCUUUAUAUAUUAAACGAGCAAGAAAUUUACAUGAUUUAAUGCUUGAAUAUUCAAGUUGUGUUGAUACAAUAAAAUCUCGUAUUAAACAAAUUGAAGCAAAUCAAUAUGGUAAAUUAGAUUUUGAUAAACGUUGUUCAAAAUGGACAGAAUAUAUUCAAGCUAUUGAAAAAAAAUUCAUUGUUAUACAAGAAAAUCUUCCAACAAAUUAUCAUGGUUUAAUUGAAAUUGAUAAAAAUUUAACAAAUAUAACGACUGAUUUUAAUCAACGACAAAAAGAAUUAAUUGAAUUAAUUAAUCAAGGUAAAGAAUUAGUAGAAAAUCCAAUAAAUUUUAUUAAACUUGAACAACGUUGGCAAAAUAUAAUGAAAAAAGUUUUAAAACAACAUGAAGAAGUUAAAGAAUUAAUUAAACUUUGGUUAGCAUAUCAAAAUUAUUUAGAAAAUUAUCAUCGUUUAUUAAAAAGUAAAUGUGAAAUACAAGAACAAGAAUUACGUACAGCUAAUAUCAAUAAAAUAAAUCAAAUUAAACAGGGUUCAUAUAUAAUAUCAAUUGAUAAUAAUGAAUUAAAAAAAUUAUUAGAACAAAUUUAUGAAGCAAAUAGACGUUUAAUUAAACAUUCUGAUGUUAAAACACAAAUUAUUUUAGAAAAAGAAUGGAAUGAUUUAAAAAAAACAAUUCAAGAUCUUGAAAUUAAUAUUAAACAAAAAAGUGAUAUACUUGUUAAAUCACUCGUUCGAUAUAAUGAACUUGAUCGAACAUUAGAUGAAUUAAAUACACUAGUAAAAUCUGUUCGUUCACUUCAACAACAACCAACAGAAGACCUAAAUCAAUUUCUUCAACAUUGCCAUAAUAAAAAUCGUGAACUUACACAUCGUCGAACUGAAUUACAAAAUGUACGCCAAGCAAUCUCCGAAAUCUCUCCAGAAUUACAUUCAGAUGAUACACGUCAAUUAAUACAAAAAUUAAAUUUACUUGAAAUUCAAUGGAAUGAUGCUGAACGUACUCUAACAACACUUAUUGAUAGUCUUACAAAACGACGUUCAGAAUAUGAAGAUUUUGAACAUAAAUUUAUUCGAUCAAUUCAAUGGUUUGAACAUUUUCGUUCGAAUGAAAUCAAUGAUCGAUUAAAUGGUUUAACACUUCAAGUUAGUCUUGAAGUUUUAAAAAAUGAUAUUCGAAAUAUUCUUGCUGAUAAACGACGAAAUGGUAAUGAUUUAUUAGUUCAAGCACGUCUAUUACAAUCACAAUCAACUGAUCAAUUAUUUAAACAUAAAAUUGAUCAAUUAGAACAAAUUAUGAAUACAACAGAUCAAUAUAUUAAUAAAAGAAUUAAAAAAACAGAAGCUAUAGUAAAAAUGCUCAAUGAUUUUGAACAAGGUUCUGAAAAUAUUCGUUUAUGGAUGAAUACAGUUGAAGAAGAUUUACAAAAACAACAUGGUACAAAUGAUGCCCAUGCUACUCAUCAAUCAUUUAUUGCAAUCGAAGUCGAUGUAGAUAAUCAUAGUCCAAUUAUUAAUAAUCUUCUUACACUUGGUCAUAGUUUAUUAAAAGAAAACGAUCUUUAUCAACAAAAUAGAGAUACAAUAUCACGUACAGUUCAAAAUUUAGAACAACGUUGGAAUGCAUUGAAACAAUUAUUAACAAAACGAAAACUUGAAUUAGAUAUCGUUCAAGAUCCAUGGCGAAGUAUUGAUGAAGCGAUAAAACGUGCUGGAAAUAUGAUUACUGAUCAUGAACAUUUUCUAACUGAAAUUAAACGAACAAGUGGUGAUGGUUUACAAGGUGUUCGUGAUGAAUAUAAAAAUCUAGAAGUAUGUUUUUUUAUUCUUUUAUUCAUUCGAAGUUUUCGUGUUUUUUUAGAAUUUAAAAAAGAAAUUAGAUAA